UCUCCUGGCUUGCUUUAAACUGGGUUGCAGAAACAAGGCUUUUGCAGGUCUGCUCUUACAGUUUCAUUGAACAAAGCCCCUGCAAAAUCCCUGGGUUAUGAAAUAUUUCCUCUCUGUCCGAUCCCAGACAAGAGAUGGCAUCUGCAGAGCCAGAAAAGGAAGUCCUUGCCUUAUAGAGAGAGCUCAUGGUGUGACACAAUGGCUGAUAUAAAGUGUCGGGGGAGCUGAGUUGAAGGCAAAGGAAUAAAGGAAGAUCAAGAUUCAGUGGCUGUCUCAGACAAAAGGAAAUUGGAAAGUAUCUUUGGGAUGGAUAAAUUUAAGGCUGCGCUUGUUCUGGCUGGGGUCGGGGAUGCUCUCGGUUAUCGCAAUUUCUCCCGUGAAAACAAUGCCUUCGGUGCAAAAAUCCAGCAGGAGCUGAAGGAAAUUGGAGGGCUUGAGAACCUGGUGCUCUCUCCCGACAAGUGGCCAGUAAGUGACAACACGCUCAUGCACAUGGCUACAGCUGAGGCUGUCAUCACAGAUUACUGGUGUUUGGAAGAUCUGUACCGGGAGCUGGUGAAGCGCUACGUGGAUGCUGUGGACAAGCUCUCGGGCAGGCGGCCGGACCCCGCCACCAUCGAAGGCUGCAGGGAGUUAAAACCAGACAACCACCUUCUCGCUUGGCACACUCCCUUCAACGAAAAGGGUUCUGGAUUUGGAGCUUCCACAAAAGCCAUGUGUUUGGGGAUGCGAUACUGGAAGCCAGAAAGGCUGGAGUCACUCAUUGAAGUGAGCAUUGAAUGUGGACGAAUGACACAUAACCAUCCCACAGGUUUUCUAGGGUCCCUUUGCACAGCUCUCUUCGUGGCAUACGCAAUACAAGGGAAACCCCUUGUGCAAUGGGGAAGAGACAUGAUGAAGGUUGUGCCGAUGGCUGAAGAAUACUGUAAGAAGACCAUUCGUCACAUGGCAGAAUAUCAAGAGCACUGGUUUUACUUUGAAGCCAAGUGGCAGUUUUAUUUGGAGGAGAGAGAAAUCAAUGAGGAAAAUCAGAAUCAACCUGUCUUUCCAGCCAACUAUGAUGCAGAGGAGAGAGAAAAGACGUACAGGCGGUGGAGCUCCGAAGGCCGCGGGGGAAGACGAGGCCACGACGCCCCCAUGAUCGCGUACGAUGCCCUGAUGGGCUGCGGCGGGGACUGGACAGAGCUCUGCAACCGCUCCAUGUUCCACGGAGGGGAGAGUGCGGCUACUGGGUCCAUCGCCGGCUGCCUGUUUGGCCUGGUGUACGGCCUGAGCAAGGUGCCCAAGGGCUUAUACCAGGACCUGGAACAAAGGGAGAGGCUCGAGUUCUUGGGCGAGAAUCUUUACCGACUAUCCAUGGAGGAAAACACCAAAAGCGCACACUUCUGUGGAGAUAAUAAGAUGCUUAUAGACCCUCUGGUGCUGAAGAAGAAGCUCAAUAGGAUGGCAACAGAGCCAGGAGCCUUUGCUGUUCUCAGCAGCCUGCUGCUAUACGUCACCGAGCUCGUGGCUGGGGAUCCACAGAUCAGCAACAAGAGGACAAAAUGGGCAGAAGGUAAAGAAAACCAGGUGAGCUCUAACCAGCCAUGUCCAGAUCCAAUCAGGGUUCAAUAUCCAACCAGAUUUCAGCUCUUGAGGUCCAGGUUUCUAAACAACAAUCGUGAGCCGUACACCAAGAAGAGAAGAGAAGUUGGCAAACUGGUCAUUAAAGAGAAGAUGUGGGUGAGCAGGACUGGUAACAAGCUGGACAGAAGUAGAGACAGGAAGGGAGAUGGAAAGGGAAAGGGAGUGGAGGAGGAUGCAGAUGUAACACCCAGUGAGAGGGCAAGGUGGAGUAGUGUGACUGGAAAAAACACAGUGAAGAACAUCCUGAAGAAAUUUUUAGCUGCUGAAGAAAAAGAAGCCAAGGAGAAGUCUCCCAGCUGGAAAAAGAAGGGAACAAACAGCAGUUUGCCAAAAAUAGUCAACAAGAAUUCAGUCUUGUCCAAACUGAAGGAGCAGUUUGAACAAAGCACUCUCUGCACAGCUGCAGAGGUGAAAGCAUCACUCUUGCGCAAAGGUGAGAGAAAGACUAAAAACUUCCCCAGCAGAAAAGCUAUUCAUAAGCCUGAGGUCAGAGUGCUGCGCAUGGCAGCAAUGACAGCCACAGGUAUAAAGAGUCCAGAGUCACAAAAUUUAGUGUGCUCUGUGGUCCCAGUGCCCAGACUCAGCAUGGCUACCAAAAUUAACCAUCCUUGGAGCUGGUCGAAAAAUAAUGCCACAAAGCAGCCUUUUGGUCACCCCACACUACUGAAGGAAAAGGAGGGAUCCAACAGAGAUCACGGAGAGAACAAAACACUGGCAAAUGCAGCACAGGACAGGGAGGACAAAGAAGAGUUACUGGUGACACCAGAGGCCAUGUCAGAUGCGAAGGACUGUGCUGAGGCUAAAAUAGAUUCCACAAAACAGGGACCCAACUUUCAUCUUGUUCUAGAUAACUCUUCAAUUACGCAUAAAAACAAAGCUCUCGCAAACUGUAUUCCUCCCUUACCUGAAUGUGGUCUAGACUGUGACAGGACUAACAUGCCAGCUGGGCCUGACACAUCUUCACUAUUGGGAAUUACCAAUGCUCUGCAACUUGUAAAGGAAGACAGCCCACCUUCUGACUCACCUGACUAUAGCACAGCCGAAGAAUCCCAUGAACAAAGUCCUCAGGAUACUAAGCCAGGAGAGAUUCCUGAAAUAUCUCUGUAUGUAUACUGUUCAGAUGAAGAUGACACAGAGCUCACAGAGCCAGAAAAGGAUCUUUUCUUUCCAGGCCAAAAAUGUUUUCCAGAGCAGAAAGUACUGGAAAACAUUCUGCCAUUUUACUCUCCAAAAUUUUCAGCAUCUUGUGAACUUGAGUCUUCAAUGGAUGAUAGACAGCUGACUGUCCUAACACCAGCAUCUGGCACAAAGACACCAAUAGAGGCGCUGGAUUUUAGAGUCAAAUGUUCAAAGGAAGCCAAAAAAGAAGCAACAUUUCACAGUGAAGACAAAAUGUCUUCUAGCAAAAAUGAUAGUGAUGUCCCAAACAUAGAGGAGGAGGAGAAUAAGACACUCAACAGCCAAAUGCAAAAUGGAUUAAAAACUAUGCAGGCUCAGCCUCCUCAAGUGUAUUUUAGCUCACAAAAUAACUUUAAUGUUUCCAAUGGGGACAUGCCAGUUCCAGAUGCAAAUCAGAACAAACCUACACUCUUCUCAAAUGAGAGCCUGGAGCCAAAGCCUGGUGCUGCAGAAGAGGAGGACACCUCUUCUUUGGAAAAGAUACUGAGCCCUUUGCCAGGUGACCUUGUGAAGCAUAGUUUCUUUAUUUCAGAAGAUUUUGGGCAGGACAAAUUAUCUUCAUCAAAUGAAGUGAUGAAUCACUCAAACAACCAAGCCCUGCAAAGGGGUUCCUUAACUGACCUGGAGACCUGCCACAAGCCAUCUGAAUCUUUCCUUGAGCAUAAAGAGGACACUGCAGAUGAGAUGCCCUGGUCUGACACUGAGGCAUGGCAGUCACCCUUGUCAAUCCCUUUACCAAUAUCAAUGAGUGGGAUUGCAGGACAAAGUAUCCAUCACACUCUUGGAAAUCCUCCAGCACUUCCACCUAUUGAUCUGGUGGGACAGGGAGCUGGUGCUGUGGAACAUGAGCAUGACAGCCAUGGCUGUGAGAAGCAUCCACACGCCCUUUCAGAUGAGCUGACAGAUGGUGGGAAUGACACAAUGGGGAAGAAGAAAACUAUGUUUGAUUUUAAGAACCAAGCACGAUUUCCAGAUCAUGCAACAGAAAAUGAAAACUCUACAGACAAAGAGAAAAAUUCAUGUCAGAGACUUGAGAACUGUCUUUCACAUUCAACCACAAAACCAGGAAAACAUGACAAUAAAACCACACUAUCAGGAAAUCCCCUAUUACCCUUGGAGAAGAGCCAAACACCAAUAUUAGAUUAUACCAAAAAGCAUGGAUGUGAUAUGCUAGAAGAGAACCCAAUUCCUUCAUCAACUGAAUUGGUCUCAAACCAAAAGAAGGAUGCAAAAAGCAGAAAUAAAAUAUCUGAAUACACAAGGGAUAAGCUCUUCUCCUCAGAUGAUGACAUGAAGCAUGAAAGUGAUAGGAUGGAGAGAGAGGAGAAAGAAGAGAGAAAUGUCUUGUAUAAAUUUGAGGAGGAACAAGUAUUCACACCAAAUGAUACUGUGGACUAUGAUAAUAAAUCUUCAAAGGAGAAUGAUGCUCAUAGUCCUCAAAUAUCCCAGUUACCUUCAUCAGAGAAUGAUACUAACAUUCAAGGAGUGAAAAAUACUGGACAGAGUUUGGAGCAUCUAGCAUCUCCAAGAGAUUUGGUGAAACACAAACAUGAUAUGACAGGCAAUGAAAACAUCUAUUGCAAUAAUAGGAAAAAACAUCUGGACUCAUCAGAUGAGCCAAUGAAACAUACAAAUGACAGUGAAGAGCUAGAAAACCUUGAGUCAGACUUCCACAAUUAUUCAGUGCCACCAAGAAAUACAGCAAGGCAGGACAGUAAGAUGGCUGAUGAGGACAUUACUGCUCUAGAGACACAGAAACAGAUGUUACCAGGUGACCUUGUAAAGCCUGAAACUGAGCCAGACAAAAAAGAGACUAAACAUAUCUCUGAGAAGUUCCAGUCACCUUCUUCAAACAAAGUGCCAAAUUGUCAUGACAGAAGUUCUUCAGGAGAGAGGAAGCAAAAGAUACCAGCAGCGGAAGACACUGGAUCACCUGAAACAGAGGUAGUAAAAGAGGAUAUUGAGCAGCAGUUUUCUGGGAAGCACCAGCUACCUCCAUCAAGAAAAUCAGAAAUGGAUGAGCAAAAUAUUCCAGGAGACAAACAGCAAAUGAGAUUUGAAGGUUUUCUGACACCUGAUACAAAUACUGCAAAAGAGAAAGACAAAAUUCCAAGUUCCAGGAAGUAUCCAUCAGUACCACCAGAAACAUUGGUUAAGCCUCAAGAAAAAAUUACUCCAGAACAAAAGCAAAAAACAUCAGAUUCUUCAGGUUUUAAGAAGCCUAGUACUAAUUAUGUAAAAGAAAAGGAUGGAGAUCCAAAUUCUGAGAAGCUGCCUUCUUCAAAAGAAGUGCUGAAGCCUCAAGAAAAAAGCACUUCAGGAGACAGGAAGCAAAAGAAACCAGCAGGAGAGGACACCAGGUCACCUGAAGAAAAGGCUGUAAAAGAGAAAGAUAAAUACCAAGGUUCUGGGAACCAUCCAUUACCUCCAUUAAGUAAAUUACUGAAGCCUGAGAAAAAUAUUCCAGGAGGAGAAAAACCACAAACUGUAUCAGAAACUUUUACAAAGACUAAUGCAAAUGCUCUAAAAGAUAAAAGCAAAGAUCCAUCUUCUGGGAUGUGCCAGUCCCCACACCCAAAUUUGCCUGUGAAGUCUCAAGAAAAUAAUGCCACAACCAAAAAGGAGCAUUUGCCACCACCACAUGAUGAAAAGCCAACAUAUAAAGCUGGUAGUCCAGAAAAGAAUAGUGAACCUGAGAGAAGAGAGAAAUACCAGCCAGGCUCUUCAGCUCAAUCAGAGAGGCACAGCAUUGAUGGCUCAGGACAGGAGAGCCCUGUGGAUGAUUUCAGAAACUAUCAAUCUCCAUUGCCAAGCAAUGGCAUAAACUGUAAAAGCGGUGUUGCCCCGAAAGAGACCAGUUUGUCUGAUACAGAGAAAUCCCCCAAAUCAUCCUCGUCAUUACAUGUUGCAUCAAAAGAUGAGGUAAAUUCUACUGGAAGCAGAGAAAAGCAGCCUGGAUUUAAGAAGUACAAAGCACUCUCGUCAAAGACGUUGGUGGGGCAUGAGAAAGAUGCUGCUGAAAGGGAGGGGAGCAGGCAGGCAGCUGGCAAAAGAAGUGAGAAAAAAGCAGAGCUGGAGGACUGCUCCAAAGUAACACCAUUUUCAAAAUACACAGUGGAAAGCUACAGUGAAGGAUCCUUAGAUUCGGCUUUCAAACCAUUGAUCAUUAGAGUAACUGACACAUUUAAACAUCACAGCUAAAAAUUACAGCUACAGCUUAGGCAAGAACUUACAACAGAUCAUGCUACCGAUUCACUUGAUCUUUCUUUUCUCCUUUUUUCUCCAGGGCAUUAUAUUAUCAUUUUUUAAUCACAAGGACAUUGAAGUGCAUCUAUCAGAGAUAGGGUUUUUUUCUUUCUUAAACAUUAGCCUGAAGACAUGAAUUAAAUUAAUCACUGCAAGUGAAUUAGCUAAUCACUGAAUUAAUCAUCAGUUUAUAAAUUAAAUAUGAGAAGGGCUUUGAGAUCAGCGUGAAUUCAGCCCUGCUUCAAAUUCUCCUUGCUAACUAAUGGGCUUUGUUUGUAACAAAGACAACUGUUCAGGCUGAACUCUAUUUGUAUUUACUUGUUCUAAUGAAACUCUGCUAGUACUUCUUUCAGGAAUAGUGGUAGGCAGUAUAGUUUUAAUUAUGUCAAAAAGCACUUGUUCUAAGCUCUGCCUUUUCACAGAUUAGCAGGAACUGUUGAUCUAUUGCUGCACUGAGUGACACUGUUAGCAGAAGUAGUGAGGGAAGGAGGAGAAUGCUUCAUUUAUCUGCAGAAAAAUCCUCAAAGGACAUUGAUGCUACAAGGGGAUUUACCGCAAAUGCAAAUGGUCAGCCUCAUUAAUAUUAAUAUUGGAAAAAUUGUGAUUUUACCUCCUCUGAAGCUAUUUGCACUCUGUCCACACACACUGUAUGCAUUAUUGCUGUAAAAGUAUGCCAUUUCAAGAGGUUCUUAAUUACUGCAAAUGAAUAUGCAACAAGUGUAAGAGCUCAAAAAAGCUCAAUGCUGAAAGGCCAUGAGGACAAGGUAAGCCAGAGGGGCUCAACACUUUGACAUAGCAAUUCAGCUUUUCCUGGGACAUCUGUCCCAUUCCAAAUGCUGGGGCACACAGACAUGAGGCAGGUGCCUCAGCUCACAUUUAAAGUCUUAGAAAGUUUUUAUUUUACAAUGCAAUGUGAAACAGAGCAGUAAAAAGCAGCCAGUGUCACUGAAUCCUAUUAAUAGGGUAUGAAUUUUUGUGUUUACAAUAAUAGCAUCUUCUGCAAAAGGUUUGUGUUUGAUGAACAUUGUUCUGGAGAAGGGAGGGCAGGGUUGCUGCCUGGGGUGUCUUUGUAAAGCUGUGACAGACAGGACAUCUCACAGUGCCAGCUCUCCCAUACACAGGUUUAGCCUAGCAUUUAAACAGCACAUUCAUAUUAAAACUUACUGUGGAGGAACCUAUAGGCAUAUCCUAAGGACUCAACUUCAGCAGGAGAGAGGGUUCAUACAAACAAGGCCCUGCUUUCCUGUGGCAGUGAAUUCCCUUCCAUUUUUAUGAUGCUCUCCAUAACCACCCUCUGCAGCUGAGGGCUGGCUGUUCCUUAAGCCCAGGCUGGCAGAAUGCCCCCACCCACUCCCAUCGAGAGACUGAGGACAAGAACAGGCUGGCAGCAAGCUGAGAUCAAACCCAUUUGUCAGCACAAUGCACACGAGUCACAUACGUGACAACAGUGCUGGCCCAGUUGGGGACAUUGCUGGGAGGAAGUGGGAAUGUGAACAUCAUGUCUCCUGACCACUGAAGAGGCUUAAACUUUGAUUUCAUUUUCCUUCCCAACCUGCCAAGAAUUAGGCUUUCUGGCAUACAGAGGGUCACAAAAUAAAAAAAUGUAUUGGUAUAUCAUACCAGUGCUCAAAAACUAAAAUAGAUUUUAUUGGAGAUACAACACUGCCCUUGCACACAGGGGUUUACUUCGCCCACCAAACUUUUAUAAGCUGGGAACCGUAAAGGCCACUUUGUACUAAGCCAAAAGCACAAUUUACUUUUUAUUGUCCAUGAUUUCAUUUCACAUUUGAGAAAAGUCCUUACAGCAUGGAGCAUUUGCACCAGACUUGAAUAAUAAAUUCUCUAUUAGCUGGCUUUUUCUGCCUGCACAGGAAUAUCACAGAAUCAUAGAAUUGUUGUGGUUGGAAAAUAUUUCUAAGAGUAUUGUGUCUACCCAUUACCCAGCACCACCAAGUCCACCACUAAACCAUGUCCCUAAGCAUCACAUCCACAUAUGUUUUGAACCCUUCCAGGGAUGGUGGCUCCAUUUCCCUGUGCAGCCUGUGCCAAUCCCUGACACUCAUUUUGGUGAAGUUUUCCUAAUAUCCAAUCUAAACCUCCCCCAGCACAACUUGAGGCCAUCUCCUCUUGUCCAUUGCUCGUUACCUGGGAGAAGAGACCAACACAAACCUCACUAAAAUCUCCUUUCAAGCAGUUGUAGAGAGUGAUGAGGUCCCUCCUCAAUUUCCUUUUCUCUAGGCCAAACACCCUCAGCAGAUCCUCAUCAGACUUGUGCUCCAGACCCUUCACCAGCUCCAUUGCUCUUCUCUGGACAUGCUCCAGCCCCACAAUGUCCUUCUUGUAGCAAGAAGCCCAAAACUGAGCAUAGGAUUUGAGGUGUGCCCUCCCCAGUGCUGAGUGCAGGGGGACAACCACUGCCCUGGUCCUGCUGGCCACACUAUUGCUGAUCCAGGCCAGGUGCCACUGCCCUCCUUGGGCACCUGGGCACUGCUGCCUCAUGUUCACCCCCAGAUCCUUUUCUUCCAGGCAUCUUUCCAGCCUCUCUGUCCUGUAGCACUGCCUGGGGUUAUUGUGACCCAAAGGCAGGACCCAGCACUUUGCCUUGAUGAACCUCACACCACUUGAUCUCAGCCCAUCGAUCCAGCCUGUCCAGACCCCUCUGCAGAGCCUUCCUGCCCUCCAGCAGAUCAGCACUCCUGCCCAGCUUGGUGGCACCCAGGAACUGACUCACAGCAGGCUCAAUCCCCACAUCCAGAUCAUUGAUAAAGGUAUUAAACAGAAUUGGACCCAGUACUGAGUCCUGGGGAACAUCACAGGUGACCAGACACCAGAUGGAUGCAACUCCGUUCACCCUCACCCUCCGGGCCUGGCCAUCCCUCUGUUUUUUUAGCCAGCAAACAGUUCACCCAUCCUAGCCACGAGCAGCCAAUUCCUCCAGGUCAAUGCUGUGGAAAAUAGUGCCAAAGGCUUUAUUAAGGUCGAGUUAGACAAUAUACUCAGUCUUUCCCUUAUCCACUAGACAGGUCACCUUGUCAUAGAGGGAGUUUUAACUAAUCUUAUUAAACUUUAAUUAUUCUAAUUUUAAGCCAUCUCAAUUAUUCUUUUCCUAACCUUUUAAAAGAAACUGGGGGGGACUUUGCCCCUUAUUCCCACCUGGGAAUAUAGUAAUAUUUCUGUAACAAACUGUAAACUCUGUAACAAAUUGAAGUUCUUGUCUCUGCCAGAAAGUUAGACAAAUAUUAAGCAGGUACUUCUCAGCAGAGCUUGUCCUUUCACACCAGGAGGCCCUUAAGUCUUUCAUUUUACACCUGCCUUGUUUGCUUUUCUCAACAGAGAUGCAACACUAGCAGACUAAGAUCCAGCAUCCUGUGUUCAGGGUAAGCCAGGCAGAGUCAUCUUGUGGGGGUCAACUUUUAGGUUGCGGCAUGCCUCAAUCUCUGCUGGUAAAAUAAAACAUCCAUCCAAGUCAAAUGACCCUCCCCAAAGUACACUUAAAACCUGACAUAUAUUUGCAUUAAAUGUAUCCUUAUGGGUAAAGCCUCACUUAAGGAAAUCACUUCAUGCUGGGAGUUAGCACACUUAAUCCUUCAGGAAAGAAGAGAGCAAGGCCAUAAAAAUUCCAGUGAUGAUGGAGCAGUAGAAGACCGGUGUGCCUUGCAGUAAACAAGUCACUACAGACCAUGUGAGCAGGAAAUUUAGCACUGGUGAUAAGCAAAGAAAUGCCAGAAAUGAGUAUUUCAGAAAGAAAACUAGUUUGAGGAAUGAUAUAUUAAUCUAUGCAAAUGGUGCCAGGUGUGCAAAUGGCCAGGCUUGAACUCUUAUUAGACCCUUUCUGACACAAAACAGUUUCAUUCCCAGUGUCCAGUAGUCCUUCAUAAAUGUUUUACCCCCAGGAGCAGAGCCCUUCUGUCCCUGCUAUCCUCUAGGCAUAUCUCCAUCACAGGAGAGGCAGUGAACAGAGCCCUCCUAGCUGCUGUUUCAAUUUAUCUGACCUAAUAACAGAUACUUUUGAGGCAUCUGCCAGCACAUCUCUGCUUUUGUGGUUCUGGACAAUGGGUGUAAUUCUAUGCAGUUCUGUUCCUUUUCCAGACUACAGCCCUCUGUUUUACUAAUAUAGUUCUCAAGGCAAGCAUCUCUCAAGGUCACUGGAGAAAUUAUAUCCUCAGCCUAUACUAAAUGUAACAGGAAUUUUUUUUAGUAAUGGUUUCUUAAGGCCCUGGCUUAGCUAUAGACACAGAUACACAAUCACAACCAGGCCAGAAACAGGGAAUAUAAAAAAACCCCAAAGCCCAGGUAGACAAGGUUUUUCAAGGUCCCUCUAUGGUGGGAAAUUUGAAUAUGAAGAAAUUUUGAAAUUUCAUAUUUUUAUGGAAUUGGGCUCUCCUGGAAAGAGAUUUUUUAAGGAGACUGAGCAAAAUUAAUGACAAUAUUAUUGCUUCAAGCAUAGUCCAUUGCUUUAGUGUCUCCAAAGUGAAGCUUUCCAGAAGUUUUUGAAUAAAAGAGGCAUUUAAGGGGAGUCCGGACACUGAGCUGGAGCUGGGGUACUUGAAGGAUCCCAUCUGCAGAAGCAGGUCUGAGGGGGACUCAGUAACUAGUGGUGCAUAGAGACUGAAGCAGCAGAGAAGACAGGCAGGCUCCCAGCACCAGCCAUCAGUAAAGUCCUUCAGACCUUUUCAUGUCCUCUCUAAUUAGGCCAUAGUCAAAUCUCAGAACAAGUUCAACUGCCCCCUGGAUGUGCCUCUCUCUCCCUCCAUCUCCUGCAGCAACACAGUCCUUGAUUAAGGUGUUUGGGGCUGACUGGGAUAAACCCAGGCCUCAGAAUCCCAGGUUUGCAAAGAGACAAUCACUUUCUCCAAAAGUUUCAUGAAGUUUCAUGAUGCCUAUAUUUCUGGGACUUCAGGUCAUAGGAGAGCUCAGAGGGCCAUAGGAGAGCUCCCCCUCCCCCAGUUCAGAAAGGGCUGCUCAGCCAUGCUGGAUGAGUAUUGUCUCUAUAUAACAAAGAUAUUUUUCUUUCUUUUUUAAGUUGAUUUUUUUCAUUA